AUUGAGGAAAGCUCUCAGUUGUGAGUGAAACGUCAUUGUAUCUACACAGGUUUCCGGUUGGCAUUGCCGAGUGAUUUUAUACUACAGAGACACAGUGCGAUUGGAAGCAUCUGAUAAAUUUCCGUGCAACGCAGUAUUGGGACACAAGUGACAAAUCAACCGUUUCAAGUGACUGUGAUUAAUUGUAUUUCAUAGUUCGGUGUAAUUUAGCGUCGGUAAAUUAAGGAAGAAACAAAGAAAAAUGUCUACUGAAGGAAAUAAGCGCAAUAUCCCCAUCAAAUUGGGCGACUUCUCUGUCAUCGACACAGAAUUCUCAAGCAUCCGCGAACGUUUCGAUGCCGAAAUGCGAAAAAUGGAAGAGGAAAUGGCCAAAUUCCGACACGAAUUGAUGAACCGCGAGGCGAAUUUCUUCGAGUCCACAACCAGUUCAACAACUAAAAAGACAACAACGACCAGUUCAACAACCACCCAAAGCAACAACAGUGCAUUACAACAAAGGCCUAAACAAAAUUACAUCUCAGAUAUUAGCUCACCUUUAAUUCAGGAGGAUGGUGGCAAUAAGCUUCUAAAAUUGAGAUUUGAUGUGAGUCAAUACGCCCCCGAAGAAAUCGUCGUUAAAACUCUUGACAACAAAUUAUUGGUACAUGCCGUGCACGAUGAAAAAUCAGACACAAAGAGCGUCUACCGCGAAUACAAUCGCGAGUUCCUCCUACCAAAGGGUGUCAAUCCAGAAUCUAUUCGAUCAUCACUUAGCAAGGAUGGUGUCUUAACAGUUGAAGCUCCUCUCCCACAACCUAUGUUGACCGGCGGUGAAACAAUGAUCCCAAUCGCCCACAAUUAAACAUCACCAGAACAAUUAUAACAGCUACAAGUUCACUACAUCAACAAAACAAUAAUGUGACCGAUUAAAAAAAAAAUAAAUCUUGAAAACAUCAAUAAAAUCGGAUGAAUUAUUCAAAUGGAUACAGCUAAAUACAAUUUAUACAAUUUUUCCACUUCGCAAAACGCAACAUCAAAAAAGAUAAUAAAUGGCGACUAUUUUGGAGAAACUUUUCAUUUUUUAGAAUAAUUAUUGUGUUAUUUUUAUCUUAUGAAUUUUUUUUUUUAAUUUUUGUUCUGGUAAACGGAGGAAAUGUUCUUUUCCAAUACAAAACAAAGGAAAAAAUGUUAAGAGUAGAAUAUACAGAUAUUGAAAAAAUGAUAAGUUCGGAUAAGAAAAACUAUGGAUUAACAAUUAAAUUUUAACUUUAUAAUUUAUUUUCUAAUCUUAAUAUGAAGUAAACAAAAGAAAAAGUGAAAAAGAAGAAAAUAAAAACUUUUGGAGAAUUUUA